AUGAAUCCCAUGGCCCAGCUGUACUACAAGAAAGCGAGCUACUCGCCGUACCGCGACCGCAUCCCGCUGCAAAUCGUGCGGGCGGAAGCGGAGCUGUCAGCGGAGGAGCGGGCGUACCUGACGGCGGUGGAGAAGGGCGACUAUGCCGGGGUGAAGCUGGCCCUGCAGGAGGCGGAGAUCUACUACAACAUCAACGUGAACUGCCUGGACCCGCUGGGGCGCAGCGCGCUGCUCAUCGCCAUCGAGAACGAGAACCUGGAGGUGAUGGAGCUGCUGCUCAACCACGGCGUGCACGUGGGCGACGCGCUGCUCUACGCCAUCCGCAAGGAGGUGGUGGGCGCCGUGGAGCUGCUGCUGUCCCAUCGCAGGCCCGGUGGAGAGAAACAGGUGCCCAACCUGAUGAUGGAUACUCAGUUCUCAGAGUUUACCCCUGAUAUCACACCCAUCAUGCUGGCAGCUCACACCAACAACUAUGAGAUCAUCAAGCUGCUGGUCCAGCGCAAGGUGACCAUCCCCCGGCCACACCAGAUACGCUGCGACUGCGUGGCCUGUGUCUCCAGCUCCGAGGUGGACAGCCUGCGUCACUCACGCUCCCGCCUCAACGUCUACAAGACCCUGGCCAGCCCGUCCCUCAUCGCCCUGUCCAGCGAAGACCCCAUCCUGACUGCCUUCCGCCUGGGCUGGGAGCUGAAGGAGCUAAGCAAGGUGGAGAAUGAGUUCCGUCAGGAGUACGAGGAGCUGUCCCAGCAGUGUAAGCUGUUUGCCAAGGACCUGCUGGACCAGGCCAGGAGCUCUAGAGAGCUGGAGACCAUCCUCAACCACCGCGAUGACCUCAGUGAGGAGCUAGACCCACAGGACUGCCGUGACCUGGCCAAGCUCAAACUAGCUAUCAAGUACCACCAGAAAGAGUUUGUGUCCCAGCCAAACUGUCAGCAGCUCCUGGCCACCCUGUGGUACGACGGUUUCCCCGGGUGGCGCAGACGCCACUGGGCGGUCAAGCUGGUCACCUGCUUCACCAUCGGCCUGCUCUUCCCCAUCUUCUCCCUGGUCUACCUGCUGGCGCCCAAGAGCGCCCUGGGCCUCUUCAUCAAGAAGCCCUUCAUCAAGUUCAUCUGCCACACAGCCUCCUACCUGACUUUUCUUUUCCUCCUCCUCCUGGCCUCCCAGCACAUCGUGAGAACAGACCUGCAUGUCCAGGGCCCGCCACCCACCGUGGUGGAGUGGAUGAUCCUUCCCUGGGUGCUGGGCUUCAUCUGGGCUGAGAUAAAGGAGAUGUGGGACGGAGGCUUCACUGAGUACGUCCAUGACUGGUGGAACCUGAUGGACUUUGCCAUGAACUCUCUCUACUUGGCCACUAUCUCACUCAAAAUAGUUGCUUACUUCAAGUACAACAGCUCUCGGCCGCGGGAGGAGUGGGAGAUGUGGCACCCGACGCUGAUCGCCGAGGGCCUGUUUGCUAUCGCCAACAUCUUCAGCUCCCUGCGCCUCAUCUCCCUGUUCACAGCCAACUCCCACCUGGGGCCUCUGCAGAUCUCCCUGGGACGCAUGCUGCUGGACAUCCUCAAGUUCCUCUUCAUCUACUGCCUGGUGCUGCUGGCCUUCGCCAACGGGCUCAACCAGCUGUACUUCUACUACGAGACCAAGGCCUCGGACGAGCCCAACAACUGCAAGGGCAUCCGCUGCGAGAAGCAGAACAACGCCUUCUCUACGCUGUUUGAGACGUUGCAGUCCCUGUUCUGGUCGAUAUUCGGCCUGCUCAACCUAUACGUGACCAACGUGAAGGCACGCCAUGAGUUCACAGAGUUUGUGGGAGCCACCAUGUUCGGUACCUACAACGUUAUCUCCCUGGUGGUGCUGCUCAACAUGCUCAUCGCCAUGAUGAACAACUCCUAUCAGCUCAUCGCUGACCAUGCGGACAUUGAAUGGAAGUUUGCCCGCACCAAGCUGUGGAUGAGUUAUUUUGACGAGGGAGGAACUCUCCCUCCGCCCUUCAACAUCGUCCCCAGCCCCAAGUCAGUGUGGUACCUGUGUGUGUGGACGCACAAUCGCCUGUGUGGACGGGACCAUCCCAGUCCCGACGACCCGAGGAAACACGAGAACUUAAAGGAGUUCACGGAGCGGCAUGCUGACAACCUGAUUCAGAACCAGCAUUAUCAGGAGGUGAUCAGGAACCUGGUGAAGAGGUAUGUAGCAGCCAUGAUCCGCAGUGCUAAAACAGACGAGGGUCUGACAGAGGAGAAUUUUAAGGAGCUCAAGCAGGACAUCUCCAGUUUCCGCUACGAGGUGUUGGACCUGUUGGGGGACAGGAAACCUCCGCGGAGGACCUACUCAUCCAGCAGUGAGGCUACCCAGCAGGACGAGGCCAACGAGGAAGAAGGGGCUGGACAGGCCCAGGGUCAGUCCAGGGACCAAGGGGCCAAGGGGGUAUCCUUCAGCACGUCAAUCGCUGAAAGGAAGAGCAAGGACUCUGGGUUCAGCGUCUCCGCCCUCUUUAAGUCCAUGUCAGGGGCAGACGGGGCAGUGGACAACAAACCAAAGAGCAACGGGCUCAGAUUCUCCUCCUCCCCCCCGUCCUCUGCUGCGUUAACCCACAGUAGUGGCCGGCUGCAACGCUUCUCCAAGUCCAAGAGAGACUCCAUCAGGCGGCUGGGCCUGCUCUUCUCCCGCAUGAACGGACACGUCCCAGAGCCCAGGUCCCCUCCUCCCAGGAUGCACCAGCCCACCUACAGCAUCUCAGACGGUCUGCUUCGGCAGCCCACAACCUGGCCGGACAUCCAGACCCACCCCAAUCCCCCGGUUACACGCAGCCUGUUCCACCUGGACCAGCUGGGGGUGAACCUGAACGAGCUACCACAUGCCCCUCCCCAGGCCCUGCCAUUGGGGUCACCCCAGCAGGCUAACGGAAGUGACAGUCUGCUCCUGCGACCGGCGGACCACUCCUUACCGCCGCCAGGCCACUCCGUGCCACCCCUGCACUGUGCAUCCAGCAUCACGGCCUCCAGCUCUCGGGCUGUCCUCCUGGGCUCUAGUGAGGACAUGUUUGAGGGCUGGAUAGGACCUUGUGACGAGCUGGACUCCUCUGAGUGGGGGGCUGAGCAGGACGACUCCAUCACAACACAGCUUUAG